AUGCCUUUCGAGUCAGUCGUGCGUGCCGUCUACGACUACCAGCCGCAAAGUGAGGAAGAGCUCGAGAUCCACGAAGGAGACCUGCUGUUCGUGUUGGAGAAGAGCGCCGACGACGACUGGUGGAAGUGCAAGAAGAAGGCGUCCGACGAUGACGACGAGGAGCCGGAAGGUCUUGUGCCCAACAACUACGUCGAGGACGUAAAGGCCGUGUAUCAAGCCAAGGCGCUGUACGACUACACGAAGCAGACCGACGAGGAACUGAGCUUCAAGGAGGAGGCACGCCUGGAUGUCUACGACACCACCGACCCGGACUGGACACUGGUGGGCAGCGAUGGCGAGUUUGGCUUUGCGCCCGCCAUCUAUAUCGAGCGUGUAGAGGCGACAUCUGCGGUGCCGCCAGCUCGCAGUCUAGCACCAGCACCUCCGCCGAUGCCCGCUCGGCCGCCAGCUGCGAACGAACCCAUACCUGGCGAGGCUGACUAUCCCGAUCCUGGAGCUGCACCCACACCUUCUCCUGACCCUUCCGCCCACAACCCGGCUGCUCAGCUCGCAGGAAUCAUCGCGCAAAGGACGGGCGGCACCCAGCUUUCACCGACGAUAGACCGCGGACUGGCGUCGCCUCCACUUCCCAACAGGCCGCAGUAUACGCCUGAAGACAGCGACGAAGAAGCAGCUCCAUCGCUUCCGCAACGACCGCCCUUGCAGACCAUUCCCGUCUCCCCUCCGCCGCCGCCGGUGCAAUAUUCUUCUCCCCGGGAAGCGCGAUCGCCAAGUAUACCAUCGCCACCCCGUAAUAGAGUCGCGACUUCGUACGACGACGAACAUGGCGACGACGAGCUACGAUCACCUGGCGGCUUCCACCUUUACAAUGUGCACGAGAUGAUACAGCACAUGGGCAAGAACAAGAAGAUGCCGACGACCUUGGGAAUCAACAUCGGCAAGGGCAUCAUCAUGAUCAGCCCAGAAAAGAGCAGAGAUGGUCCGAGCAAAGAGUGGACAGCAGACAAGCUCACACAUUACAGUAUUGAAGGUAAGCACGUCUUUGUGGAACUCGUGCGACCCAGCAAGAGCAUCGACUUUCAUGCCGGCGCGAAGGAUACUGCACAAGAAAUUGUGUCUGCACUAGGUGAGCUGGCUGGUGCGGUCCGACAGGAAGGGCUGAAAGAAGUGUUGGCGGCAGGAGCAGCGGCAGGAGCAGCUGGCAAGAAGAAGGGUCAGAUGCUUUAUGAGUUCAUGGCUCAGAGCGAAGAUGAGGUGACGGUGGGCGUUGGAGAUGAAGUUAUUAUAUUGGAUGACACCAGAAGCGAGGAAUGGUGGAUGGUUCGCCGUAUGAAGAAUGGUAAAGAGGGAGUUGUUCCCUCUUCAUAUGUUGAAGUCACUGGUCGAAUCCCCGAUGCGCUGGACAGCAUCACAGGACUUGACACAGCACGAAGCACCGUUGAGCAGAAUAGGCUGGAGGAACAGCGGCUAGCGAAGGAGGCUGCUAAAAGAGACAAGCGUCGCGACGGGGACGUGGUACCUCCGGAACGCCACAGCAGUCUUGCAGGGGACACACGACGAACGUCCAUGCGUAGCUCGAAGUCCAAAGACCAGUCUAAGAGUAAGCCGAACUUAUUGAAAGUGCGGACAUGGACAGACCGGACUGGAAGCUUCAAGGUGGAAGCUGAGUUCAUUGGCCUGCGUGACGGCAAGAUUCACCUCCACAAGAUGAACGGCGUUAAGAUUGCUGUGCCUGUAUCGAAGAUGGCAGUGGAGGACCUCGAAUAUGUGGAGACAGCUACUGGCGCAAGCUUGGAUGAGGAUAAACCGCUUUCGGACAUCAAACGAAGGAAUACUCAGCGAUCCAAGGCCACUGGUCAAAAUGGCACAGCUGGAGCAUCAGUGCAAAAGAAGGAUGAUUAUGAUUGGUUCGACUUCUUUUUACAAUGCGGUGUGAACCCACAGAUCUGCGAGCGUUAUGCAGGCGCCUUCUCCAGAGACCAGAUGACUCCUGAGGUGUUGCCCGAUGUUACCGAACAACUUCUCCGCACGCUUGGCCUUAAGGAGGGCGACAUAUUGAGGGUGACGAAGUACCUCGACAACAAAUACGAUCGAAAGAAUGGCGCAGGAUCAAGUGCAGACGGCGCCAGCGGAGCCGAGGGUGGGCUGUUUUCUGGACCUGGUGGAGCGCUACGGAACAACACACGAAAAGGCAGGCCUGCUCCUGUAGUACAGACCAACGAUGUCGUCGACGAAAGCGCGUUCAAGCCAAAGGAUGGCAGUCCAACGUCCAGAGGUGUCCCGGGCGAUGCCAAAGCUACUCCUCUUACUUCCGCGCCUGCGAGAAAAGCGACGAGUGGUUUCGACGACGAUGCAUGGGAUGUUAAGCCCGCAAGAAGUCAACCACCCACAUCUGAUACCGCUGUAGCGCCAUCGCCUGCCCUCGUCGAUCCACCCAAAGCCCCUGGACCAAAGAUCAACGAAGAUCUGGUUUCACUGUCUAUCUCAUCGCCAGCGCUUGAACCAACCCCAGCCACGCCAACAGCCCCAGCUCAAGUAUUGGUAGCCCAGCCGACUGCACCGCAACAACCACAGGCGCCACCUGUUGCCAAUCAGGCCAUAUUUGAUAAGAUUGCCUCACUAGCGCCUGCAGCUCGCCGGCAGCAGCCUAUGCAGACAGGAUACCAGCAGCCAAUGCAAGCUCAACAGACAGCUCUGCCAAGGCAACGGCCGACCGCUCCUCAACAGCAGAGCCCUAAAGGUCCUCUGAAUAUGCCUCCUCCUCCACGAGCAGCUUCUGCGCCAGGCUUCCCACCCCAACAAUCACAAUUUGGGGCCGCUCCGUUACAACCGCAGUUGACCGGGUAUCCUCCCCAGCAAUUCCAGCAGCUACAGCCCCAACAGACGUCUUUCCAGGGUGCUCAAGGUUAUGGUCAACCUUACCAGCAACCAAAUGGCAUGCAACCUCAGAUGAACUCUAUACAAACGAUGCAGCAGAACUAUCCAAGUUUACAGCCACAGCCAACUGGCUUCCAACCUCAAUCGCAGUUCGGGCAACAAGCACAGCAACUUGGCAUGGCACCGACAGGCUAUCAACAGCAGCUCGUCAACGGAGCGCAGACGGGGUCACCAUUCGCCGACCCACCAAGGCAGCAAUUCCAGCCGAUGCCUUCUGGACUGUCGAGUUCUUUCUCACCACAACAAACUGGUUUCCAGACAGCUUUCAGUGUCUCACAACCUACCGGCAUGAACGGAUUUGGGGCUCAGCCUACUCAGCCAGUGCCUCAAUUACCUCCGCAACAGACUGGCGGUGUGUUUGGUCCCUCGCAGCCUCUGGGAUCACAAGCUCCACCUAUGCCCCUUGUCCCUCAGAAAACUGGUCCACCGCCGCCUGUACGAUUCGGCGUUCAGCCUGGAGUGAAGCCUUUAGCGCCACAGCCGACUGGGAGGGCCAAUUUGGCCAAAGCAACACCCCAAAAUCCCUUUGGAUUUUAA